AUGAAUAAUUCUGACGCCAUUUCAUUAAUUUCUCCAGAAGGAGAGCAUUCUCCACCCCAAAGGGGAAAUGAAGAAUCUGCCUCAUCUUCAUCAACCUUUUCUGGUAUACCUGGAUUGGGACGACUUGGAAAUGCGCCGAAGUCUGAAAGUCCAAAACCACCUGUGGAGAGCGACGCUGCACAAACCCAUUUACACGAACCGACUGUAUUUCAGGAGAAGAUGGUAGAAAGCACUAUUGAUCACUCCCAAGUAGAUUCUACAAUGGCAGACGCCGAACCUUUGAUGCAAGAAUCUGCGACUGCUACAAUCAAUGAUGCGAUUUCAGCGACACCCACUGGAAUAAAAGACGAGAUUCUGCCAGUGGUAGAGAUUGAGUCAGUCCAAACAACUAGUCAAAAUGACUCUGAAAUGCGACAAGCCCCCCAAGGAGAAGAAGAAGAAGCCAAAAUCAACACACAGGAUAGCAACAGCAAUGCGAUGGACGUUGAGAUAUUACAAGCUACCCUAGAACUCCAUGUCGAACAAGAAAUAGAGGUGCCAGCAGCCGAUUUGUUUGAAGCUCAGCCUAGUUCAAGUGACAUGCAAGUACCGGAGAGCCACGCUAGUCCACCUGAAUUGACGCAUGCUUUGGAGGCGAUGCUGGGAGGUCUAUUGCAAUCUGCUGCUGUGAAUGCGGAUGUUACCACCCUGGUCAGCGCACCUGAAGCACAAGCCACAGAAGCAGAACACCCAGAAUGGGAGGUUGACUCAUCUCCAUGUGAAUCAUCGUCAGACGACUCAAGUGAUAGUUCAUCUGACGACGACAGCGAGGAUGAGGAUGGAGAUAAUACAUAUAAACUUUUGAGCCCAGAAGAGCAAGCUAGAAUCCUGAUGGAAGGUGACGGCGGUUCAGACGACGAGGGAGCCUCCAAAGGUGCAAAGGGUGCCGGAGCUCAGCUACGGACGAAGAAUGAAGUGCCAGAAGAAGUCAUUCCCAAGCCAGAUGUUACAAUUACACCGGAAAUGCCCAUUGCAAGAUUGGGUGAUGUGGAAGGAAUUGUGGACAAUAUCAUUCUCAUCAAAGCUUUCACGACUGGGGAGUAUCAAGUUUUAAGAGAAGAAUCCGUGCUAUGUUUACAGGAUCGAAGUGUUAUAGGUGUGGUGUCGGAAACAUUGGGCAGAGUAGAACAGCCAUUGUAUUGUGUUAGAUUUACGAAUGCUGCAGCAAUUACCGAAGCAGGACUGUCCGUCGGAACUACUCUUUACUACUCCGAACAGCAUUCAACAUAUGUCUUUACACAAGCUUUGAAAGCAUACAAAGGCACCGAUGCUUCCAACUUGUAUGACGAAGAGAUUGGCGACGAGGAAAUGGAAUUCUCGGAUGAUGAAAAGGAGGCCGAGCAUAAACGGAAGGUAAAACAAAGGAAGGCCGAAAAAAGAGGCGGUAAGACACAACAGAACGGUGGUGGCCACUCACAUGUUGGAUACUCGUCGCAACAACCGUAUACCCCUAGUAACACUGGCGCUGGGUUGAAUUAUGACGAAGUCGAGGAUGGUCCCUACAAACCCCUCACUCGACCAACUGGAUUUACUGGUGGUGCAAGUGGUGCCGAAGCUCCUCAAGAGGGCUCCCAUUACAACAGACCGAGUCAUCGUGGCGAGCAUGGAGGUAGAGCCAGAGGAAGGGGUCGUGGAGACAGAGCGAGAGGAGAUAGGGGACGAGGACGUGGACGAGGUGGCGGGAAUAAUGAUCGGAAUAAUAGCCAAUCUGGUGGUGCCCCAUCGCAAUUGAACAUGAACACCAAUUUUGUCCCACCCCAUCCAAGCCCUGGAGUAUUCAACCCUCAGCCAGCUUCCUUACCGCAAAAGCCUAACUUUCCACCUCCGCCGCCUGCUUCAAAUAUAUACCACAAUCCAAAUCAGCCACAACAAUAUACACCUCAACAACCACAAUAUCCAUCCCAGCAACCUCCAGUAUGGCCAAUGUAUCCGCAAGGUUAUCAGCAGCCAUAUCAGCAACCUCAACAACCUUUCCCGCAUGCACAAACUAAUUGGUCAGCUAUGCCUCCUCCAACCAUACCAGCGGGAGCGUUCAUAAACCCGGCUUUCUUCAACCAGCAAAAUGGAGCUAACCAAAACGGAGGAAACCAAUGGACUCAUCCAGGACAGCAGAAUGGAAAUGGAGAAAGCAGAUAA